AUGAUGAUGAUGUCUCUGAACAGCAAGCAGCCCUUCAGCAUGCCCCACGGCAGCGGCAGCCUGCACGAGCCCAAGUACUCGGCGCUGCACACCGCCUCCCCCUGCACCUCCGCCGCUGCCGCCCCCUCGGCCAGCUCUCCCAGCAGCACCAGCAGCGGGGCCGCCAGGAGCAACACCAGCACCAGCAGCAGCUCGGAGGCGAUGAGGCGAGCCUGCCUCCCAACCCCCCCGAGCAAUAUAUUCGGCGGUCUGGAUGAGAGUUUGCUGGCCCGCGCUGAAGCCCUGGCGGCGGUGGAUAUAGUUUCCCAGACCAAGAGCCACCACCAUCACCCGCCUCAUCACAGUCCCUUCAAGCCGGACGCUACUUACCACACCAUGAACACCAUCCCUUGCACCUCUGCUGCCUCCUCCUCGUCGGUGCCCAUUUCCCACCCUUCGGCCCUGUCUGGCACUCACCACCACCACCACCACCAUCACCACCACCACCACCAGCCUCACCAGGCUUUGGAAGGGGAGCUUUUAGACCACAUCACUCCAGGGCUGGCUCUGGGGGCCAUGACCGGACCCGACGGCUCGGUGGUCUCCACGCCAGCCCAUGCGCCUCACAUGGCCAGUAUGAACCCUAUGCACCAGGCGGCUCUAAGCAUGGCCCAUGCCCACGGGCUGCCUUCUCACAUGGGAUGCAUGAGCGACGUGGACGCAGAUCCCCGGGAUUUAGAAGCUUUUGCAGAGAGGUUCAAGCAGAGGAGGAUCAAACUCGGAGUAACACAGGCAGAUGUGGGAUCUGCCCUGGCCAACUUGAAGAUCCCAGGGGUAGGCUCACUGAGCCAAAGCACCAUCUGCAGGUUUGAGUCCCUUACGUUGUCCCACAAUAACAUGAUCGCCCUCAAACCCAUCUUGCAAGCCUGGCUAGAAGAAGCAGAGAAAUCUCACCGGGAGAAGCUCACCAAACCAGAGCUCUUCAACGGAGCAGAGAAGAAGAGAAAGCGCACCUCUAUCGCUGCACCUGAGAAGAGGUCCUUGGAAGCCUAUUUUGCCAUCCAGCCACGUCCUUCCUCGGAAAAAAUAGCGGCCAUCGCAGAGAAACUGGACCUCAAGAAGAACGUGGUCCGGGUCUGGUUCUGUAAUCAGAGACAGAAACAGAAACGAAUGAAAUAUUCUGCUGGGAUUUAAAGUCUGUGGGAGCUUUUUUUAAAAAAAAAAUCGGCAACAAGACACACUUUGAUAUUUCUCUAUAGUGAGAUACAGAGACAAACACAGAGAGACAGACAGAAAGUCCGACAGAGAAAGAGAAACACACAGAGACUGUCAAACAAGAAGUAAAUUGUCAAAUUU